AUGACCUCCAGCGCACCCUUCAGUCUUGCACAGGUGUACCGGCUCCUCCCCUCCAGUCUUGCACAGGUGUGCCGGCUCCUCCCCUCCAGUCUUGCACAGGUGUACUGGCUCCUCCCCUUCAGUCUUGCACAGUUGUACCGGCUCCUCCCAUUCAGUCUUGCACAGGUGUACCGGCUCCUCCCCUUCAGUCUUGCACAGGUGUACUGGCUCCUCCCAUUCAGUCUUGCACAGGUGUACCGGCUCCUCCCAUUCAGUCUUGCACAGGUGUACCGGCUCCUCCCAUUCAGUCUUGCACAGGUGUACCGGCUCCUUUCCUGGAGU